UUGCGUAGAUCUUGUAGUUUUUUUUCGAAUCAAUCCAAAGUCUCGACUAUAAGCUUUCCAGCUAGUCAUUUGUCACCUCGUGAGCCUAUCGAUGAAGCCGUUGAACGGUUCAAUAAUACAAGUUUGUCGGAUCGUGCCAGUCAGUUUAGCUAUCGAUCUACAGGGUCAAAUCAAGGAAUGUACCAGUCGUAUCCGCAGAUUGUACCGUAUCCAGUCAGUGAGGAGGUCAUUUAUCCAUCUUAUCAUCAGCAAAUGUACAUGCAGCCCACACCAAUGUUAGCCCCAGCAUCGGUUGAAAUUUACCCUCCGCAACCUACCAUCGUUAUGCCACUGCAACAAAAUCCACAGGUUCAACAACAAGUUCCGCUGAUGCAGUGUCAGCCACAGGAA